UGAUGAGGGACACGUAGCGACUAUGUCGAUAAGUUCCUUUCAUGAACGCUGAUAUUUGGUAUUCGAAAAACUUUUGUUUAUUAGUGUGCUCGUGACAGUAUGUGAGCUGAAUGAUUAGUGGACUCCGACUUAUCGUGACAUUUCCUUCCGUCCUACUGUCGAUUCUGAGAAGUCUCACGUUUUCUACUUAGGCGUACUUUUAGGACCAUUAGCUACAGGUAACAAUACCGAUUGGUCGAUAUGACUAUCAGAAAGAUUUGUGGAAUCGGUGCCGGUUACGUGGGCGGACCAACGUAUAGCGUAAUCGCCCUGAAAUGCCCUGAAAUUCAGGUGACAGUGGUUGAUAAGAAUAAAGACAGGAUUGCUCAAUGGAAUUCGGAGAAGCUACCGAUCUACGAACCUGGCCUCUAUGAAGUGGUGAGCAAAUGUCGCAGCAGAAACUUGUUCUUCUCUACCGACAUGGAAACCGCGAUACAGGAGGCGGAUUUGAUUUUCAUCUCGGUGAAUACGCCAACGAAAACGUUCGGUAACGGAAAGGGAAAGGCAGCCGAUUUGAAGUACGUUGAGAGCGUGGCUAGAAUGAUCGCGGAAAUUGCAACAGGGGAUAAAAUCGUUGUGGAGAAGAGCACGGUGCCGGUUAGAGCGGCGGAAAGCAUCAUGAAUAUUUUGCGUGCCAAUCACAAGCCAGGAGUAUCGUAUCAGAUCUUAUCGAAUCCAGAAUUCCUGGCGGAGGGAACUGCUAUCGAAGAUCUGGUGAACGCAGAACGCGUUUUAAUCGGAGGCGAGGACACGCCGGAAGGGCAAGCGGCCAUCGAGGAAUUAUGCAAGGUCUACGAGCAUUGGAUUCCAAGAAAAAAUAUUUUAACCACCAACACUUGGAGCUCGGAGCUAUCCAAGCUGGCCGCCAAUGCCUUUUUAGCGCAACGCAUAUCAAGUAUAAAUUCCCUGUCGGCAGUAUGCGAAGCAACCGGUGCCGAUGUAUCUGAAGUGGCCCUGGCUAUUGGCCUUGACUCUCGAAUAGGAUCGAAGUUCCUUCACGCAUCGGUCGGCUUCGGUGGUUCGUGCUUUCAAAAGGACAUUCUCAAUCUAGUUUACAUUUGUGAAUGCCUGAACCUACCUGAGGUGGCGGCUUAUUGGCAACAGGUCAUAGACAUGAACGAAUAUCAGAAAUCUAGGUUUUCGACAAAAGUAAUAGAAUCUUUGUUCAAUACCGUUACGGACAAGAAGAUUUCUAUGCUGGGCUUUGCCUUCAAGAAAAAUACCGGCGACACGCGUGAGUCACCGGCCAUUCAUGUUGCUAAGACUCUACUCGAUGAGGGUGCAAUGCUUCACAUAUACGAUCCCAAGGUCGAGGAGAGCCAAAUUAUCGAAGAAUUAACUCAUCCGAGUGUAACAAACGAUCCAGCAUAUGUAAAAAGUAGAAUUAGUAUUUACAAAGAUGCUUAUAGCGUUACAAAAGGUACACAUGCUAUUGUCUUGUGUACCGAGUGGGAUGAGUUUAUAGAAUUAGAUUACAAACGAAUUUACCUUAACAUGAUGAAACCGGCGUAUAUUUUUGAUGGAAGAAAAAUUUUAGACCAUGACGAUUUACAAAAGAUCGGUUUUAUUGUACAGACUAUUGGUAAAAGAACUUCAAGAACUGGGCUCACAAGAGCAUCUAAAGGAAGUCAAACUAUGAGUAAAAUUGCGCACCUUAUAAUAAAAAAAGACGAACAAAAGAAAAAUCAAAUGCUUUAAUUACUGUACAAGUGCUUUGAAAUAUGAAACAUUUUUGGUAAUAAU